AUGACGGAAUUUUGUGGUGGAAUUCGCGAGGUUGUAGCGGCAACGUACUGCAAUGGCGGCAUUGCUGAGUUCUAUCGGGGAUUCACCCCCAAUAUGGUAGGGGUGUUCCUUUAUCGUGGGCUGGAGGUGGGAAUCUACUCCACUGCUCAACAACAGAUCAUGAUGUACAGGAUGCAUAAGUACGGAAUGAACCGCCACGACGCGGCGCUUUCUUAUAUGGAGACGGCAGGUGUGGGCAUGGUGGCCUCUGUGAUUGCGCAGACCAUGACGUACCCACUCAAUGUCGUGCGCACAAGGCUGCAGACACAGGGCAUAAACGGGCGGGAGAUAAAGUACAAGGGAAUGGUGGAUUGCUUCAUAAAGAUGGUUCGUGGGAAAGGAGUGGCGUCGCUCUUUUCCGGCCUUACGGCAAACUAUUUAAAGGUGAUCCCCGCGAGUACAUCCAUGUUUGUUGUAUUUGAACUGGUGCAGAAGCUCUUAGUCGGCGAUGAUUGA